CCCGACCCGAGAGACGAGCUCAAAGGCGGACCGGGCUGACCUUUCUAUUAUCAGAAAGUUCGACGCCGAUCUCUGCACCGUCUUCAUGUUGUGCGUUCGUCCCGUUUCUCAGCUUUCUCCUUCCAACCCUAAUUUUCGCUGCGAGAAAAUGGCUAUGAGGAGAUUGCUACUAUUUCUUAAGCCAUUUGAUGCCAAUCCCGUUCUCCAUUCUGACGGCUUUUCUCGCGUCACCAGCCCUCAGAUCUUACGUCACUUAGAGAACAGGCAUGCAGUGCACAGGGAGGCCAUAAAAUUUUGUAAGGAUGUUUUGCAGCAGAAGCCUGUGGAUUGGGAAGCUGUAUUUCGCAAUGAUCUAUCUGAGCCAAUUAGCAAUGUAGACCUUGUUGUCACGGUUGGUGGUGAUGGCACCCUUUUGCAGGCCAGCCAUUUAUUGGACGAGUCAAUUCCUAUUCUUGGAGUAAAUUCUGAUCCGACACAGGUGGAUGAGGUAGAAGAGUAUGGCAAUCAGUUUGAUGCUUCUAGAAGCACAGGGCAUCUUUGUGCGGCCACUGUUAAUAACUUUGAGCAAGUAUUAGAUAGUGUCCUCAGUGGUGUAGCAUCCCCUUCCAAGUUGUCAAGGCUAUCCAUAUCUGUAAAUUCAGAGUUGCUCACAAAGUAUCCUCUCAAUGACAUAUUAAUUGCUCAUCCAUGUCCCGCAUCGGUCUCUCGAUUCUCGUUCAAAAUUAGGAAUGAGCAGCCAUGUUCGCCCUUGUUGAACUGUCGAUCGAGUGGUCUAAGAAUUUCGACUGCUGCUGGAUCAACAGCUGCAAUGCGAUCAGCAGGUGGAUUUCCCAUGCCCAUUCUAUCUCGGGACCUUCAGUACAUGGUACGAGAGCCCAUGACCCCAGGAAAACUGUCCAAUUUUAUGCAUGGGAUGGUAUUGUCAGAUCAGUCGAUGGAAAUGGCCUGGUUGUGUAAUGAUGGUGUGAUUUACAUUGAUGGUUCUCAUGUUUGUCAUCCUAUUCAAUACGGCGAUGUCAUUGAAAUAUCUUCCAAGGCCCCGAGUCUGAAAGUUUUCUUGCCUCAUCUUCCAAGGCCCCGAGUCUGAAAGUUUUCUUGCCUCAUCUUCCAAGGCCCCGAGUCUGAAAGUUUUCUUGCCUCAUCUUCCAAGGCCCCGAGUCUGAAAGUUUUCUUGCCUCAUCUUCCAAGGCCCCGAGUCUGAAAGUUUUCUUGCCUCAUCUUCCAAGGCCCCGAGUCUGAAAGUUUUCUUGCCUCAUCUUCCAAGGCCCCGAGUCUGAAAGUUUUCUUGCCUCAUCUUCCAAGGCCCCGAGUCUGAAAGUUUUCUUGCCUCAUCUUCCAAGGCCCCGAGUCUGAAAGUUUUCUUGCCUCAUCUUCCAAGGCCCCGAGUCUGAAAGUUUUCUUGCCUCAUCAUAUGUUGUACACGGCCAGAGAAGAAACUUCAGAGCAACAUACAUAUCCAAAAUAGAUUUUGUAGAUAACUGCAUAUAUGCAACGGAGUCGUCGACAUGAAAUGUUCUGAGCAUAUGAACGAGCAUGAAGUUAAUCUAUGUGCGGGACCUAUUUGGCUUUGCAGGACUGGGGUCGUCAGAUGCUUUCUUGCUGAGCAUUUUUAAUCAACAUGUAAGAUCAUUAACAACACGUAUCUGAUGGACAAAUGAAGGCAUUUUUCAAGGGGUGGCUUUUGACAAUUUUUCUGUACAUAUGAGAAUGAAAAAUGCUGUCUCUAGCUAAGAAUUGAGCUGUGAAUACCUGGAUUGUCGUCCAACCUUCUUUGCUUGUGCGUAACUUUUUGAAACUUAACCUUUCACGUUUUGGUGUUUCUUUAUCAACUGUUUAGAAUGUUCUAAAUCAUACAUUUUCGUGUAGGAUUACACAGUACUUUUUGAACCUUGACAAAUGUCUUAGUUACACUGCUUUUGAAAUAA